AUGACGAGACGGAAGCCGGCGCUCGUGCAAGAGCAUCGAGAUGAUGACGGCGGCGGGCAUUUAGAUGGUCACUCACACUUCGCCCACGACGGAGGCGUCGCCCAUAACCUCAUCAGCCUGAUCGGGAAAGAAUGUGGACGAGUCUCGGGAGAUAUGAUCCGUAUCCUGAAGGACCUGAAGCAGAAACACCCAGAGAAGGAGAUGGACCAGCUGGUAGAGAUGGCUAACUACUACGCCUUGUCCCACCAGCAGAAGAGCCGAGCCUUCUACCGCAUCCAGGCCACGCGCAUGAUGACGGGCGCCGGGAACAUCCUGAAGAAGCACGUGGCGGAGCAGACCAAGAGGAGCGCCAGCGUACACGAGGUGUGUGUGGUGGGGGAGGACGUCGAGGAGUACGUGUCACGGAUCGCCUUCGAACCCGCCGUGUACCAGUGCCUGGAGAACUGCGGCGCCGCCCUGCUGGCCAUCUCCAGGAAGGGCGGCGACAUGGCCAAUACCAUUUACGUGGAUUACAAGACGGAGGACGGCUCGGCCAACGCCGGRGCCGACUACGAGUUCACCGAGGGAACSYUGGUGUUCAAGCCCGGCGAGAUCGUCAAGGAGAUCAGCAUCGGAAUCAUCGACGACGACAUCUUCGAGGAGGACGAGCACUUCUUUGUACGUCUCAGCAACGUGCGCGUCCUGGAGUCAGACGAGGAUGAGACGCUACUGUCCCCCAACUCUCUCCCGUACCCUAAAGCCCUGCUGGGGUUCCCGUCCGUCGCCACAGUUACCAUCCUGGACGACGACCACGCCGGGAUAUUCACCUUCGAGAGCGACACGUGUCAGGUGAGCGAGAGCGUGGGCGUGAUGGAGGUGAAYGUGCUGAGYACUUCGGGGGCGAGGGGGACAGUCAUCGUGCCCUAUCGUACCAUGGAGGGGAUCGCCAAGGGAGGAGGGGAGGACUUUGAGGACACCUACGGAGAACUGGAGUUCAGGAACGACGAGACCUGGUAA